UCGACAAGACAGACGCCAUUAAAGUCAGGACUACUCUGAUCAUGGACCCUCGUACCAGUGCCCAGGACGUGAUGCGAUGUGACCUGUGUGAGACCGCUGUAGUACAGAUGCACUGUGAUUCAUGUCUUGUCAACCUGUGUAAGGCUUGUGUGGGAGAACACAUGGUAUCUGAUCAAUCCAAAAAACAUGAAGUUGUUCAAUUCAAGCUUAGAAAAUCUACGCUGCUCUUCCCUGUGUGUAAAAUUCAUGAUAAAAAGGAAGACAUUAUUAAAGAAAAAAAUGAGCUAAAUGAGACAAUUUAUCCCACCUACCAGUACAUUGCCUUUGAUGUACAAAACAGAAUGAGUCAGUUAGAAAAGAAAUAUGGAGAUCUCUCAACAGCCAUAACAAAACAUGGAGAGGACUGGCACAGAGAAAUUGACGAACUUGUCCAGAAACUUAAAGCUGAAGUUGAAAAAAUGAAAAAUACACAGUUACAAACUCUACAGAAACAUCUGGAUGAAAUAAACAAAAUCAUUUCUGACAUCAAGGAUGAAAUUGAUUCACUUGAUGUUGCUGUUAAAUCUAAUGACAUGUCAAAAAUAUUUAAAUCUACAUUCAGUGUAGAGAGAUAUAGAAAUCUUCCACAAAAAGUUCUGCCAUCUUUACCUACAUUCACGCCAUGCAAAAUCAAAGGACAACACCUUAGUAAAAUAUUUGGAACUGUAUCAUCGAGUUCUCCUACAUCAGAUAAAUACGGCUACAGCAUGAAGACAACAAAAAAUUCACCAGAAGCUGGAUCCUCUCCUCCAGUCAAACAGCUGCUUGAUGAACCAGAGGCUGUCACCACCAUAGACACUAUGUAUAGGUAUUACCUUUACAAUGUGUCCUGUCUGAGUAAUGAAGAAAUCUGGACAAGAGGAGGUGACAGCACCAUGAAACUCUACAGCAUCAAUCAGGGAUCACUACUCAAGUCAAUCAGAACCAAGUCAGGGUACAUACCAUCUGACAUAGCAGUGACAAAAAGUGGAGAUCUAGUUUAUACUGAUAUCAGUGAUAGAACUGUGAACAUUGUGAAGAAUGAGAAGAUAGAGGUGGUGAUCAGACUACAGAACUGGAAACCCAGCGGUGUCUGUAGUACCCCCUCUGGUGACGUCCUGGUUAUCAUGUACAGUGACGAUUACCCAUACCAAACAAAAGUUGUCCGUUACUCUGGCUUUACAGAAAAACAAAUCAUUCAGUUUCAUGAUAAAGGUCAACCUCUCUAUUCAUCUGGUACCAUAGCUGAGAACAGGAACCUAGAUAUCUGUGUGUCUGACUGGAAAGCUAAUACAGUAGUGGUGGUCAAUCAGGCCGGGAAACUAAGAUUCAGAUACACUGGACAUACUCCUGGUCUCAAGAACGAAAUAUUCAGUCCACGAGGAAUCACCACAAAUAGUCAGAGUCACAUCCUUACAGCUGAUCAUAACAAUGACUGUGUCCACAUCAUAGACCAGGAUGGACAGUUCCUCCGUUACAUAAACUGUGGACUGAGUAGACCCUGGGGACUGUGUAUAGAUACAAAUGACAAUCUGUUUGUUGCUCAAUGGAAAACAACAAAAGUGAUGAAAAUCACAUUUCUGCAGUGAAAUAUCGUACUGUUCAUCAGUGCAAAUUAUAAAUGAGAUUAUGCUUCAUUUUCUAUAUAAUAGUU